AUGAAUCCUGUCUUGAUUGCUGCUGGUUUUGUGGCUCUAGCGAUUGUCUAUGGAGUGUACCGUCGGUACACUCAUAUCUCUUUGGCAGACGUUCCUGGCCCAGAGUCUGCAUCCUUCAUCACAGGAAAUCUGAAAGAACUCUAUCAAGGUCAGGCAGCGGAAGCUGAUUUCAAGUGGCAAGCUCAGUAUGGGAAUGUCGUUCGCUUCAAGGGCUCUUUUGGUACUGACCAGUUGAUGAUUUCCGACCCGGCCGCCCUGCAAUACAUAUUUGCAAAUAAAGGCUAUCGCUUUCCCAAACCGCCUGAGCGCCGCAUCCUCACCAAGAUGGUCAACGGAAAAGGAAUUACUUGGGCUGAGGGCGACGAUCACAAACGACACAGAGGAGUAAUGCUUCCUGGAUUCGGUGCGGCGGAGUCCAGAGCCUUCUUAUCAAUAUUCCAGAAUUGCGCUGAGUCUAUGAGCAACGAAUGGACGGAGAUAAUCAGCAACUCUAAGGAGGGGUCAGUAGUGUUCAAUGUCUCUGUAUGGCUGUCCCGCGCAACCUUGGAUGCUAUUGGCGAAGGUACAUACUAUUCAGGGUACACAAGCACCUCUGCUUUUGAUGUCCGCUUCAGCACCACUGACAACAAUGAAAGCGCUCAGGCUCUUGCGCGCUCAUAUAAUAAUAUAAUGAAUGACGUAUUUGGAUCUCCGUCAGAUGGGCAGGUAUUCUCCCUGGGGAUUUCAAAGUAUAUCCCAUAUCGGAUUCUCGAAUACCUCACAGAUAUGGUUAAAAACCCACGUAUCGUGCGCAUGCGCGAGGCAGGUAAAACGGCAAAAUCUGUUGCAAGGCAGCUGGUGAAAGAAAAGGCGGAGAUGCUAUUGCGCGGCGACGGCAGCCGAGAUAUCUUUAGCUUACUUGUUAAAGCCAAUAUGGAUACAGAUGCGAAGGCGAAGUUAACGGAAGAGGAACUGCAUGCUCAGAUUCGUACCAUCCUCUUUGCAGGUCAUGAGACGACAGCGAACACCGUCAGUUGGGGGCUUCUCGAGCUAGCCAAGCAGCCCAAAAUUCAAUCCCGUCUUCGGGAAGAGAUAUGGGAAACAGAAGCCGCUGUGCACGCACGCGGAGAUGUCGGUUUCACAAUCGCUGAUUUUGACGCUAUGCCAUAUACUACUGCUGUGAUGAAAGAAGUUCUGAGAUUUUGUUGUGUCGUAUAUCAUGUUCAACGAUACGCUAGCAAAGAUGACGUCCUUCCGUUAUCACAGCCAAUCACCGCGCGAUCCGGGAACAUCAUCCGUGAGCUACCGGUUCCGAAGGGUACGCGAAUUAUUGCAUCGCUUGCAGCGUACAACCGAGACAAGGAGCUUUGGGGCGAGGAUGCGCACGAAUUCAACCCGGAGAGAUGGCUCAAUGGAACAGCGAAAGAAAAGGUGACGUCAAUAGGGGUGUACUCCAAUUUAAUGACAUUCCUCGGAGGAGUGAGGUCGUGUAUUGGAUGGCGCUUCGCGGUGAUUGAAAUCCAAGCUUUUCUUACGGAGAUAGUUGGAAGGUUUGAGUUUGCCACAAGUGAUAAAACCGAACUUGUUCGACGGGAGGCUUGCUUGGUGAUGGUUCCAGUAGUAGAAGGUGAAGUUGAGAAUGGGGUUCAACUGCCGUUGAGGGUUUCACUGGCACCACGCACUGGUAAGGAAUGUUAAGCGUCAUACGCGCCGGGAUGGGGUAGCUGUCUUGCAAAUAGUUAACUUGUCUGGUUAUCUCGGUGGCCCACAGCCACACAGUAUUAAGUCAUGCGUCACUGCCCAGUACUCUUGGCUUCUUGGGUCCUCGAGUUGCGAGUGUGUGGGACUGGUUGACGUUAUUAGAUAUCAAAUGGGUCGGUGGAGCUUGCUGGGCGUUAA